AUGGCUUCCGUCGACAAUACCUCGAGACCCGAGCAGUACGCCGCGCCGGUCGACGUUGACCCGAAUCAGCUCGCUGCCCUUCCGCACGAUGAUUCCGGCCCCAAGCUGAACGCCGUCAUCUGGACCCUGACGGCCCUGUCAGGACUCAUCCUCGCUCUCCGCAUCUACUGCAGGUUUUGGAGACGUAAAGGUCUCUGGUGGGACGAUGCUUUCCUUAUUGCUGCUUGGCUGUGCAUCACGGUCGAGUCGGCCAUGUUGACCAAGGCCACUACUCUCGACUACGGCAAGCACAUCUGGGACUUCGACAUGGCAAAUAUGCGUGAGCUGCUGCUCUAUAUCAACAUUGCUGGCAGCUUCUCGGUCACUGCCGCCAUCUGGGCUAAAACUAGCUUCGGUAUCACCUUGCUUCAUCUCACCGACGGCUGGAUCAAAAUGGUCACCUGGGUCAUCAUCAUUUCCAUGAACAUCGCCAUGGGUCUGAGCGCUCUUUUCCCCUGGGUUAACUGCAAGCCGCUUAAAAAGUCGUGGGACUACACCAUCGAUGGCACCUGCUGGGCACACGAAGUCACUGUUCAUUACAAUAUCUUCUCUGGCGCCUACUCCACCUUUAUGGAUUUUGCCCUUGCGCUGCUCCCAUGGGGAUUUAUCUGGAAGCUUCAGAUGCGCAAGAAGGAGAAGUUUGGCGUCGGCGUAGCCAUGUCAAUGGGUAUCUUGGCUGGUAUUACUGGCAUUGUGAAAGUCAGCAAGAUUCCAAACAUGUUGUCUAAUGACUUUGCCGAUGGUGUUGAUCUCUGGUGCUGGGGCAAUGCGGAAACGACUGUUACCAUUAUUGCAGCUAGUAUCCCGAUGCUUCGAGUCAUCAUUCGUGAGGCUGCCGGCUCCAGGCAGACCUAUGGUGCCGAGUAUUAUAAGGAGGGCAUGACCACCGGCAAGCGCAAUGUCACUGGGAACGUCACCAUUUCUCGCGGCGGACCUAUGGGCAGCGACGUUGAGAUGGCAAAGCAGAUCAAUGAUGACAGCAGCAGCGAUAAGGGUAUCCUUGACAACUCCAACCAGGACACCUUCAAGAUGGGGCGCAUUGUCAAGACCCACAACUUUACCAUCGAGUAUCACUCGAGGGAUUCUCAUCAAGGUGGUCAUUAG